AUGAUCAGUUACCAAAGUCUCUUUGAGGCUGUUCCGCUCACGAUUCCUUGCCAGCUCAGCCUCCUAGCAGCAAGCCCUGACACCUCUUUCCAAGCAAACAUCACAAGGGCAAUUCCUAGGAUCCGUAGCCUGCAGAUUACGGCGUUCAUAAAAGGCAGCUGGAAUUGCGCUUCAGAGUCUUGGCCUCCACUCACGCUCAAGUUUCAGGCCUGGAACAAGUUAUUGUACCUUGCGAGCUUGAUCACUAUGUUUAAGAGCAAAAUUCAUGACCACAUUCCUGCCAAAAGCUGCCAGCGGCAGAAGUUCAACUGGCACAUUCGAUUGAUCUGA